AUAAUAAUGCAAAACAGAAAAAAGAAAAAAGAAUUGGGGCGGAGGAGGAGAGGAAGGUUUCUGUGCAACCCUGGGACUACAUUCCCCAUGGUGCACCGGGGCUCAAAGGAGCUGGGCUGUGAUUGGGCCCCCCCUUCCUGCAGGCUGCUGGAGAAUGAAUAAAAUUGUACAGUAUAUUCUGAUGUGAGAGGUUUAAAAAAAAAAAAGCAAAAGAAAGAAAGAAAGAAAAGGAGAAAAAAAAAUCCUCUCUGCUCCUCCAACCCGCCAGCCCUGGAAGCCAGAGGCACCUCCACAUCUUCCCAAAAUGGCUACAGCUGUGCACAAGCCUAUCAAAUGUUUAGGCGAAGAUUUCUACCGGGAAGCCAUUGAGCACUGCCGCAGCUACAAUGCCCGGCUAUGCGCAGAGCGGAGCAUGCGCCUGCCCUUCCUCGACUCGCAGACGGGGGUCGCCCAGAACAACUGCUACAUCUGGAUGGAGAAGACUCACCGGGGACCAGGGCUGGCUCCGGGCCAGAUCUACACUUACCCGGCUCGCUGUUGGCGGAAGAAGCGGCGGCUUAACAUCUUGGAGGAUCCUCGCCUGCGGCCUUGUGAGUUCAAGAUUGACUGUGAGCCCCCCUUGAAGAAGGAGGGGGGGCUGCCCGAAGGUCCCGUCCUGGAAGCCUUGCUGUGCGCCGAGACGGGAGACAAGAAGCCGGAGAUGAAGGAGGAAGAGCUCAUCCUGGACUGUCCGAAGGCGCCGAUUGGGGAAUUUCUCCACGACUUGGACACGGACGACCUGGAGGACGACGUCCCUCGCCGGAAGAACAAGGCCAAGAGCAAGGCCUACGGCAUCGGGGGUCUGCGGAAGAGGCAGGACGCAGCGCUGCUGGAAGACCGAGACAAGCCUUAUGUCUGCGACAUCUGUGGGAAGCGCUACAAGAACCGCCCGGGACUCAGCUACCACUACACUCACACGCACCUGGCAGAGGAGGAGGGCGAAGAGGGGCCCGAACGCCACACCCUCCCCUUCCAUCGCAAGAACAACCACAAACAGUUUUACAAAGAGCUGAACUGGGCCCCUGAGAACCAGCGCAGGCACACAGCUAAGAAAGCACCGGACGGCACAGUCAUACCAAACGGUUAUUGUGAUUUCUGUCUAGGCGGCUCCAAGAAGACCGGCUGCCCCGAGGAUCUCAUCUCCUGCGCGGAUUGUGGCCGUUCAGGGCACCCAUCCUGCCUGCAGUUCACCGUCAACAUGACAGCUGCCGUGCGGACUUACCGGUGGCAGUGCAUCGAGUGCAAGAGCUGCAGUCUUUGCGGCACCUCUGAGAACGACGACCAGCUGCUGUUCUGCGACGACUGUGACCGGGGCUACCACAUGUAUUGCCUGAGCCCACCCAUGGCUGAGCCCCCCGAAGGAACCUGGAGCUGCCAUCUGUGCCUGCGGCAGCUGAAGGAGAAGGCGUCUGCCUACAUCACCCUGACCUAGGCUGGGGGCCCGGCGCCCCCCCCUUUUCCCGUCCUCGCCCCACUCCUCCGUGCCCUUAGCCGUGAUGGUGCUGAGCCUUGGGGCGUUUGUUGCCCUCUCGCCUGCCACAAGAACCUUUUCUCCUCCAUCCCCAUCUCUCUCCGCGCCCCCCCCCACCAGAUGCAGCAACGGGGAGGGGGGGUAAACCCUGCCUGCGUCUCCUGCUGGCUGUCACCAAAACUCAAGACUCAAAAGCCAUAAAAGCCAGGGGUGGGCAGCUGCCAGCACAGCAGCCGCUCCUGGCCCUUUGCCCCCCCUCUAGAUGCAUGUGAAAGUGGGCAGGUCCUGCCCCCCCCCCGCAAGACAAACCCCUGGGAGGAUGCAGCCGCUACCCCUCACUUGGGCUGUGACCCAGUUCUCUGCUCCCAUCUCUUUCGGACCUGGCACAACCUCCGAAAAGCGGCCGGACGAAGGAGGAAUUAAGCUUCUCAAAGGCCAGUGGAGUGGGGGGGGGGCGGAUGAAGAGCAAUGGAUUUUUGGGGGGGAACGGGGGUGACUGGCUGCAGCAAUGGGUGGAAAGAGGGUCACAGCUGGAGCCGGCAGGGCAAGGGGAGGGGGUCGGAAGGGGUGGGUGGGUGAUGCUCAGCUGUCAGAAGGCAGGAUUUUUUUCAGUGUUGCUGGAUUUUACAGUUGGGGGGGGGAUGAAAACUUGAAGGGAAAAAAUACACCCCCUGGAAAAGGGGAUUAGGGUGGGGAAACUACAGCCCCCCCCAAAUAAAAAAAUGUGUCGGGGGCUAGCAGGGGCUGUUCCCACUAAGCCCCCCCCCUUGUGUACAUGGUGUUGUUCUGUUGCCUGCAUCUGCUAAUGUGCUUGGAUUGUUGUGCAUUAAAUGUGGUCUGAAUUACA